GAGAGAGAGAGAGAGAGAGAGAGAGAGACCGAUAGAGACAGACAGAGAGAGAGAGAGAGAGAGAGAGAGAGAGAGCGGAAGCACGCGCUGGGACGAGAGGCAUCACGCGCUCGCAGGACGCACGCACGAGCCUGAGGAUCUCCCGCCAGCAGGUGUGCUAACACAAGAUUCUUUACUGAUCCCUGUGACUACAGUAGAGCCAUGAAUUUCAUAAUGAAAGCAGCGUUGGGAGGCGGGCCUCCUGAUGUGGGGAAGAUGCUGGGAGGAGAGGAAGACAAAGAUCCCGAGGCAGAGAAAGAGAAAGAGGAAGAGAGACAGGAGGCUCUGAGGCAGCAGGAGGAGGAGAGGAAGGCCAAGUACACUAAGAUGGAGGCUGAGAGGGAGGUGCUCCGCCAGGGCAUCCGAGACAAGUACGGGCUGAAGAAGCGCGAGGAGGCCGAGGCUGAGGCUCAGGGUGCGAUGGAUGCGGCGAGUGAAGGUAGUUUGACUCGCCCGAAAAAGGCCGUGCCGUCCGGCUGUGGAGACGAAGACGAAGAGGAAGAGAGCAUCAUGGACACGAUGAUGAAAUAUCUACCAGGACCACUGCAGGACAUGCUGAAGAAAUAACACACACACACACACACACACACACCCGUAAAAGCACCACAGCGCACAAACUCAGCUUUAGGGAAUUCAGAUUAAGAUUGUAACACGCGCUUCUGCGUUCUAACAGCAGGGGGCGCAGUUCAGGCUCCACUGCAGUGUCACCAUACUCCUCUCACACAGGCUCGAUGUGUAAAUAGAUUUCUACUGCGUCCCAAACGCUAGACUUUAACCCACAUUGCUACACCAAGAACAGAAAUGUUCACUAGCUAGCUUACAGCCUGCUAGAUAUUAGCGUGAAAGAUAAAGUGAGGAAUUCUAGCAUUUGGGACGGAGAAAGUUUCACAAUAUAAGCCAUAUUUUAUCUAUAAGCAGACUGCUGAGUCAUUAAAGACAGAAAAGUAAGUAGGCUACAGAAGUGUGCAUGAAGCGUAGCCUAAUUUGACUGUUUUCUACUUUAAACCGUGGACGUGUCCCAAAUCGAGAUAUAAUUACUUCAUCUAUGCAUGUGUCUGUAAAAAUGUAGGUUUGUGUGUGCUUUAAAAACAUGCUCCUAUUUUGGUGCAAUUGUCAAAAUAAUAUAAAUAAGGCAAUAACUUAUUAUUAUUAUUAUUACGCAUUGUCAAACAUGAACAUACCAAAAAACCCCUUUGUUUUUCUUCACCAUGAUAGCACAUCUAGACUUCAGGUAUAAGAAGCUAAAUAUCAAUAAUCUAUGUAAAACUUUACGAAACUGGACGAAUUUCUUUUUCCGGAAUCUUCUCAGCAAUAAUCGCGUCUUGUUUGCUUGGCUUUGUGAAAUCGGUGAAUAAAAGAACCCGAGAGAAUAAAUGAUGAUUUAAUGAUGGUGUGAAAUGGUUCUAAAUAAAAGAAUGCAAUAGAAUAAUCAAUAAACUGUGCACUUUUA